AUGCCGUCCUCGUGGCGCUCCAGCGUGGCGCCGUGGCCGUCGAUCCUGGUGGUCUGCUCGUGGGCGGCCCUGACGACGGCCUGCACGUCUGGUCCAGGCGCUGAUGGUGCGCUGCAUCUCGUCGCGGUCGGCGGUGAGCCCGGCGAUGUUCAGCGCCUGGCCCUCGGCGGUGCGGUGCGGCGCAGGCCGGCCAUCUCCCGCGCCUGCUCCGCGACGGCGUGCUGCAGCGCGCCGAUCAUCCCCUCGUGGUCGUCCACGUUCCGGUCGAGCAACCAUCACCCCUCCCGCGUCUUCUUCGAGCCCUUUGCCGACAUCUUUGGGCGGGCGACCCUGCUGACGACGUUCUGGAGCGCGCCGGACAUUUCGAGGACAGGAUCGACCCUUCCCCUUGUUCUUCCGGCAUUUGACGUUAAUCCCGAUGAAGACCUAGGUCAAUCUAUUUGA